AUCCCUGCCCGGGGCGCGUUCAAACCUGCGCUGCUGCAGCGGAAUGCUAACUAAAACGAGGAAGCGGCUUUAACAUGACCAGGAACAUUUUGUCUCUCAAUCGCUCGAGGCUUCCAGGUGCUUCACAGACAUUUUUUACCUGCCAAAUGUAAUGACCGUCCCGAGGUUGCACCAUGUACGUGGCUGGCCGUGUCUGUCUCCAGCCCCGCGGAUGACACUCGCACAGGUACCGGCAGUUCAAGGCAAACAGCGGCGGCACGGAUACACCGUCGCCGGGUAGCGCUGAGAGACUUACCGGGAGCUUGCUAGCGCCAAGCUAGGCGGCUAACAGCACAAUAUAAAAGCCCCUAACAAAUACCAACACCAAUGGUAUCCCAUAAGGUUUUAGUCGCAAUAAUCUUACUGAACGUGUAUAUAGGUGUACAGUCCGUUUUUUACUUAUUCGGCGGCGUCAUAUUAACGGUUUUGUUUGCUAUGGCAUUUUUAAAUGGACCCAGGCUGCUGGACUGGGCGAGUUCACCUCCACAUCUUCAGUUUAACAAGUACGUCCUAACGGGAUACCGGCCAAUCUCCUCAGUGCAGGACUGCAUCAGAAGCCUGUUUUAUCUGCACAAUGAACUUGGAAACAUAUACACUCACGGCAUUCCUUUGGUUUGCUUCCUGGUGCUGCUGCCUCUUAACAUCCCUUGGUCUCAGAUCAGCGUCACGUGGUUGGGCGUGGUGCACUUUCUGGCUUGUCUGUCGCCCCAGCUGGGCUCUGUGCUCUAUCACCUCUUCAUGAACCACGAGGGAGGCGAGCCCGUCUACCACACCCUCCUCAAGCUCGACGUGUGUGGAAUCUGCAUGAUCAACACACUGGGGGCUCUGCCCAUUGUCUACAGUACCCUGUUGUGCUACCCGUUCAUCCGAACUGUCGCCCUGUUAGUCUACAUCCUGCUGUCCAGCCACGCCAUCUACUGCGCCGUGACCGCUCGGAGCAGCGUUCGCCGGCUGCGCUCCUUCGCCUGGCAAGCGCUUUUCCGCUUCUCCUUCUUCCUGCUCCGCUGGGUGGGUGUGGGCGGCGGCAGCCCCACCUCGCUACGCCACUUCCUAAUGAUGGACGCGCUGGCCGUGCUGGGCGGGGUCAUCAACAUCACACGCAUCCCGGAGCGCUUCCGCCCGGGCCUCUUUGACUACUGGUGCAACAGCCACCAGAUCAUGCAUGUUCUGGUGGUGGGCUCCAUUCUUUACCUGCACUGGGGCGUGCUUGACGACCUACUGUGGAUCAACAGCUACAACUGUCCCUCAGACUGACCCCACCAGCAGCCCCCGCCCCCCCACAAGGAGCGCUGGGAUGUAAGAUUAAAGGACCUCUGGGGGGGAGGGGGUUGUCUGGAGAGGGAGGGGAAACAGGGAGAAUCAGGGGGAACUGAUGCUGUGAGGUGAGACGACGUGUCGUCUGUGCAUGUGUUCACCUCAUGCGCUCAAACUCAGAAUGUUCAUAUCUUCAUUCAUCUCAGUACCGUGUGCGAAUGCAGGCUAAAGUAUGUCAAGUAAAACGCACAAGCAUUUUGACUCUCUCACUUGCCACAAACAUGGACGCACAGGUGUAUACGGACACACACACACACUCACACACACACACACACACACACACACACACACACACACACACAGUAAAAUGGAAAUCUUUUAAAUACUACAUUUAUUAACUGGGUAUUGAAGAUUAUAAAGUCGUAGGUAACGACUCCAGUAAAAGGUUACUGGUGAGUUUGAAGCCUUUACUUAAUAAUAGAAGUUUUACUUGAGCAUUAAGACAGUCUGCGGCUAAAUGAUAUCACAUGCUCGAGUCCUCGGAGAUGUCACUGUUGCUACCUAUGCAGCACAUCCAUAUUUCAGCUCAUCACACACACAACACAGACUAAGACUCCCUC